CGUGUGUAAAGGUUUAACGUGGAUAUCAAGCAUCAUCUACGUCGAAAAGUUCGCAUCUACAUUGCUGAUCUCUCUACAUCGAGUCAUCGACAAUGACUCCAUCUACACCUCUACUCCUUCUACAUCUACAGCUCGGCUAAAAAAUACCACAUAUCAUGGUUGCGAGAUCGAGUUUGUUGUAGUACUCGGAAUGGUUGCUAUAAGGCAUCGCGAGAAGCUUUGUUACUGCUACGGUGGCAGUCAGCUUGUCCCUAGCAACGCGCACCUCUUGCCUAUUUCCGUGCCUCUCAUCAUGGGAAAGAAAUGGGCUUGCAAUGUCUGUAAAAAGAACUGCUCGUCUGGCUGCAUAUAUUGUCAGACGUGCCGCUCCUGGACCCACUUCGAGUGUCAGGAGAUAGAGAAAACCAAUCAAGAUAUUUGGGCCAAAUUGGAAGGCGAUUACAUAUGCAAGGCAUGCCACAUAAACUACGAUGGAUCAUUUGACUACCUAAUGGGAUUGGAGCGCCUUAAACAGGCUGCAAAGCAAGGAAUGACGAAGCUCACGUGUAUUGCACGGAGGGAAUGGCUACUUCUGAAGGAAAAGAAAGUUGUCUUUGAACUGCCAAUCGACUUCGCACACUGUCAAAACGACCCUGUAUCUGAAGCAAUUAUCGCAGACACCAUACAACAGUAUUGACGCCGCUUGCAUGUACUGGGGAUGGCGAUUGUUUAUUUAAUGCUUUUUCGAUUCUGCUGAAGGGUGACGAGUCGAUGUCAGUAGAGCUCAGGUACAGAUGCUGCCUAGAAAUGGUAAUGAAUGGCGAAAAAAUAA